GGAAUGAAACCAAGGCUGUCUCUUGACCUCUACACACACGCACACACCUGAGCAUGUACACACACAUCCACACACACAAGGAUUACAGGGACACAGGUGAUACAGGGCUAGCUCUUGACCUUUAAUUAUAAGCAAUGCUGGAGUAGCUUGUGGUCAUAAAACCAAACCUCAGUUAGGCAAGGCUGGUGGUCAUCACGACGCGUCCCCUCUCUGCAGGCUACAGCUUGCUGCAUGUCUGUUGUGUUCAGGGCUGGGGAUAUCGCUCAGAUGGUAGUGUUUGCCCAGGAUGCAAAAAGGCUUGGGUUCAAUCCUUAGCACCACAUAAACCUGGUAUGGUGGCACACCCUGCAACAUCAGCAACACUCAGAAUUUCAAAGUCAUCCUCAGCUACAAAGCAAAUCUGAGGCUGUCCUGGGAUAUACAAGCCCACCUCCCAAAACUAUGUUAUGUUUAGUUGUGUUACCCCACCUGUAAUGGGGGUGUUUUGUGGCACUAGUUUUAUGGAGAAUCUGAAAAUGGUGUGAUUCUGAAACCAAUCUGACCCCAUGAACUUCAGAAGUAGCCUGCGGUCUGCCUCCUUUAUUUCUUUAAUCUCUGAAAGGGAUGCGUGUGAGAGAGGAGACAUGCCAGGAAGAGAUGAGGGCAUCUAAUGUCCAGCCCUGUGAACAGGACAGGCAGCUGCACCCACAUGCAGCACCCUCUUCUGUAAAAGCAGCAUAUGCAGAUGCGUUAGCCCCUGGCUUCUUGAGAGAGGGUGGUGGAAGCCAAGGAGGGCACGUGUCUGCGGAGAACAGCAGAGCUGGGUUUGCCCCUUCAGCCUCUCUAGAGUGCGGAAAAGAAAGGGGGUGGAGGCUGCUGUGAGGAAAAAAACAGCCACAACUGCCCUCAGAGACUAGCUUAGCCCCCAAGUGGAGGCACUGUGGCUGCUGCCCCGAGCACAGAGGAGGCACCAGUGCCGAGGGAGGCACCAGCAGCUGGGGCUCAGAAAAGAUCUCCCUAGGCAGGAGCCAUGGCUUGGCCACCUCCCUACUGGCUCUGCCUGCUGGGGACCUUGGUAGGGCUCUCAGCUACCCCAGCUUCCAAGAGCUGUCCAGCCAGACAUUAUUGGACCCGGGGAGGACUGUGCUGCCAGAUGUGCGGGCCAGGUACUUUCUUUGUGAAUGACUGUAGUCAGAACAGAACAGCUGCCCUGUGUGGCCGGUGCAUACCAGGCGUCUCCUUCUCUCCAGACUACCACACCCGUCCCCACUGCGAGAGCUGCAGGCAUUGUAACUCUGGUCUUCUCACUCGAAACUGCACAGUCGCUGCCAAUGCCGAGUGCACCUGCUCCCAGGGCUGGCAAUGCAGGGACCGGGAAUGUACGGAGUGCGACCCUCCUCUCAACCCUGCACUGCCCAUACAGCCGCCUGAGGCCCCAGGCCCACACCCACCACCCACCCACUUACCUUACGCCCAAGAGAUACCAGAGGCCAGGACGGUCUGGCCUGCACACACUAGGCAGUUUCCUGCCUCAACUCUCUACACCCACUGGCCAUGUGAGUUUUCUCCCUACCUCUGGGUGCCCUUGCCUGUCACAGCCCAAAGACCCCUGUGCAGUUCACACUGUAUCCGAAUCUUUGUGACCUUCUCCGGCAUGUUUCUGGUCUUCAUCCUGGGUGGAAUCUUGCUCUUCCGUCAAAGACGAAAUCAUGGACCAAACGGAGAUAGCCAGGCAGUGCUUGAGGAGCCCUGUCCUUACAGCUGCCCCAGGGAGGAGGAGGGCAGUGCCAUCCCCAUCCAGGAAGACUACAGGAAACCGGAGCCUGCUUCCUACCUUUGAGGCAGGAUGGGGCGGGGCCUUUUCCACUGAGGCACCAUCCAGGGGGAUGUCCCCUACCAUCGUCAUCAGAACCCUUUCCUGUGUGCACUUUGACAAAACGCCCUUCUGAGACUGAUAGCGAUAAGAACAGGAUCCCCCAAUGUGAGGUCCAGCAGGCUCGGGGAGGCCCAGGCUCUAGCUGUAAAACACACUAUUAUAAACGAAGCCCUAUAGUUGGCAAAAUCACAUGCUGAGGGUGAAAAUGGCCUGCCAAGGGCUGGAGAGAUGAUUCAGCAGUGAAGAGCACAUGUUGCCCUUUUGGAGGACCAGAGUUUGAUUCCCAGUACCAUCAGAUGGCUCAAAACCACCUGUAACUCAUUUCAGGGGAGCUGACACCUUUGACCUCCUCUGGCACCCACAAACGCAGAGCAUACACUCACGCAGACACACAGACACAUGACUAAAAAUAAAAAUUUUUAAAAUUUUUGAAUGGGCCACCAGCAGAAGUCCCGCACUGGCCCUGGGGCCGGAAGGUCUCACCUGCCUCAGGAGACACUAUCUACAGACACAUAUACAGCCUGCUCAGGUCUCAUCUCCGUAAGCUCUGGUGCUGCUGUGAGCAAAGCAGAGACUGAGACUUUCUCUCAGUUUAAGCUAAAACUGUAAAUAAAUUCAUUUUUCUAGUUCUGUAUACACUGUCCUUUUCUCUCAGGGUAGGCAAGCAUUGGAACCCAGAGCCUGGCCUUAUGAUGCCCAGGGACUCCAGUAAUAGCUGUGAAAGUUCUACAAUCUGUUUCUCUUCCCCCCCCAAAAAAAAAGAGGAGGAGGAAGGGGUGAUGGGGGCUGGGAAGAAGGCAUGAAGGAUGAGUUCUAGCACCCUUCAUAAGAAAAAGAAAAUACCCAGCACACACAUAAGGAAAGAAAAAACAAUAACAACACAACACAAAACAAAAAACCAACUCCAUGUGGCCCUGUGUGCUUGUAAUUCAAGGGCUGAGGUGCCAGGAGGGCAGGGGUUGGAGCGGAGACAGGACAUCACUGGUGCUUGUUGGCCACCAAACAAUUCCAGGUUCAGAGAGAGA